GAAAAAGGCUGUGGGAGGCUGAUCCUUUGUGAGAAUGAGCAAUACUUUGUCACCUCGCAGUUUGCCUCCAGUUCCAUCCACCUCAGGGGCAAAGUUUGCGGAGUCUUCGGUGCGAGAACGCAUGAGAGAGAAAUUGAAAGCUGCACGGAUAGGUGAUCAUCAGUUGAGCGCAGUGCAAAGAAAAGAAGGCAAGGUGUCUGCAAGAGUGAAACUUCAUGAUAUUGUCAGAAGAGGCAAACAAAAAUCACAGAUUCAGACAGGUUAUCCUUCUUCUGAAGAAGCCUAUAAUUUCUUUACUUUCGAUUUCGGUCCUGAGGAAGAGAAUGUAGGGGAUGAUGGUCAAAACAAUAAAAGGAGUGCAUCAGAUCUAGAUGACAAAGGGAAGGAGAACCAGAAAUCUGCACUCAGCAAUCAGGAAGAACAAGAAGAGAAUGAAAUGGAUGAAGGGGAGCAUCUUUUCCAUGAUAAAGAGGAUGAUGGCAUAUUUCUUAUAGAACAGACAUGCCAAGAUGUCUUUGAAGUUAGACCUGCAGAAUAUGAAAGCUAUUCUGGACGGGUGCAGAAAGAGAAAGAUUGUUUGUUUGUUCCCAGCAUGCUAAGAGUGCCUCCCUCUCUGAAGGUGCCUGAAAAUAUGCAGCCACGGUACCUUGAGGAUGAAGGUCUCUACACAGGAGAACGUCCCGUUGUGUCAUUGUCCAACCAAAACAUUGUAGAGAACAGGAUACUCAGGCAGGAACAGUUGAAAAAGUGGUUUGGAGAUGACGGUCAAAUUUUGGCAUUGCCCAAUCCAAUUAAACAAUCCCUUACUAGACCUCCGUUAUUUCUCACAAAGGGAGACCAGGAGUCAGACCUUGUGACCUUUUAUAAAAAGGCCAUAAAAAUGAGACUUGCCAACCAGUACAUUGUCGGAAAUGAUGACCCACAAGGUUGCUUUCAGUUGGAUGUUGAUAUUUCCGGGUUAAUAUUCACGCAUCACCCUUGCUUUAGCCGUGAACAUGUCCUAGCAGCAAAACUGGCUCAGUUGUUUGACCAGUACCUGUCCAGAAAACAGAGAAAUCUUACUAAACUCCUUACAGAUAAGCUUCAUGCUCUCAGAAACGCUUUACAGAAUAUUUUGGAGACUGCCGAAAGUGGAAUUCCAAACCUAGUAGUCCAACAAAGCAUAACUGAAUAUAAGCUUGAAAUAAGGAAAACAAGAAGACUUCGUGAUAAUGAGCAAGAAAAAGAUCGAGCAUUGCUAAAAGCCAUGAUCAAAGUGUGGAAAGAAAUCAAAUCCCUGCGUGAUUUUCAGAAGUUCCUUAACACACCCCUGAAGCUCUACUUGAGAAAGGAAGAAGUUAAUCCAAAGUUGGAUGAGAAGUCCUAUGAGGCAGAAAUUCAGGCUGAAAUAGCUGAAUUAUUAGAAGAAAAUAGCGAAGAGUAUGAAAAGAAAGUGGAUAAAUAUAAAACUGAACUUCGGACAUGGAAAUCAUGGAAGAAGGCACAGAAAAAUCGAAAGAAACAGAAAAAGAAGUCAGAUCAAAACAUGGACGAUGAAGAAGCCGGAGAAUCUGAGCAUGUGGAGGAACCUCUGAAGCCUCUCCCACCACCCCCAGUUGACCAAGAGCAGCUGGAGCUGCAAGUUCGCAGAAGAGCUGCUGAGAUCCGAAGGCAGCCUGGAGAACCAGUUCUGAUCCCUGAGUUGAGCCUGGUGGGGAGCGUCACUCCAAACGAAGCUUGUCCUAGAGGUGAAGUUGCAAGACGUGAAGAUGUGAAGAAAAGGUCUCUCUUCUUAAAGGUUCUUUUCAAUUCCAAAGAGGUGUCGAGAACAGUUUCUCGGCAGAUGAGCUCAGACUUCAGAGUUCAUUUCGGGCAGAUUUUCAACCUGCAAAUAUUCAAUUGGCCAGAGAGUUUAAAAUUGCAGCUUUAUGAAACCGUUGGACUCAGCAGCGCUAACCUGUUAAUGGAAGUAUUUGUGCCCAUCCCGGAGACCACAGCUCUGACGGGAAGAGCUCCAGUUGAAGAAAUUGAAUUCAGCGGUGACCAGUGUGUGACACUGGACCAUGAAGGAGUGGGCAGCGGCGUUCCAUUUUCAUUUGAAGCGGAUGGUAGUAAUAAAAUGAUUUUAAUGACUUCUGGCAAAGUGUCGUGCAGCGUCUCGUGGGCAGUUGGAGCAAGUGGGAUACCGCUGGUUCCUCCAGUAUCGCAGAAGAAUGUUGCUCUUUCAAGUGCCUUAAAAAAUGUGGAUGCCAUUGCAUCGAUUGGCGCAUCCGGAUUAACUGACAUGAAAAAAUUAGCCAAGUGGGUGAAUGAAACGAAACUUGAUCCUAACGAUCCAAGCAAUGCAGCCCUGAUGCAGUUUUUAAAGAUUACUACAUGUGGUGAUGCUUCCAUUCCAGAUUUCUUUAGACUGGAGCAAUUGCAGCAAGAAUUUAAUUUUGUUUCUGAUGAGGAAUUUAACAGGUCCAAAAGAUUUCAGCUUCUUGAGCUCAGAAAGAAUGAAGUGGCUGAAUUUCGAAAUUAUAAAUUUGUUCCUUUACUGGAAAGAGAGAUCAGUGAAAAAGUUUUGCAGGAUUACGAGAAAAGAUUGCAGGAGAGGGAUGUAAUUGAUACCAAGGACCAUUCGGAUGCGCACAGAGCAAUUGUUGCAAAGUACCUCGAAAAGGUUAGAGAGUCAGUAGUUAACCGAUUCCUGAUUGCAAAGCACCAUUUCGUUCUUUCUGACCUGGUCAGUGAAGAUGAAAUCCCUACGAUUGGUAGCUUUUUGGGUGUCAGCUUUUUUAAACUGGCCGAGGCAAAGCGACCCUUAAAACCAAGGCGAAAGGAGAGGAAAAAAGUGACAGCACAGAAUCUCUCGGAUGGUGAUGUCAACCUCCUGGUUAAUGUUGUUAGAGCGUACGAGAUUCCUGUUAGAAAGUGUGCCGGGAGCAAACUUCAACAGCCGUCUAAGUCACCUUGGGCUUUCAAUGAGAUGUUCGUUGCUUCUACAACUCCACACAGCCCCAACCACAGCGUAGACCGGACAUUUAGCCAGGUUUCAGUUCGGCCUUUUGUAGAAGUUUCUUUCCAACGAACAGUUUGUCAGACAACCACCGCAGAAGGGCCCAACCCAAACUGGAGUGAAGAACUUGAACUUCCAUUUAGAGCUCCUAACAGUGACUAUAGCACCUCCAGUCUGCAGUCAGUGAAGGAUGACAUCUUCAUUAACAUCUUUGACGAAGUACUAUAUGAUGUCUUAGAGGACGAUCGGGAAAGAGAAAGUGGUGGAGUCCACACCCGUGUGGAGAAGCGCUGGCUUGGAUCAGUUCGGAUUCCAUUUACGACGGUAUAUUUUCAAGGAAGAAUUGAUGGCACGUUUAAGAUAGAUACCCCUCCCAUUCUUCUUGGCUAUAGCAAAGGGAAAAACCUGGGAAUUGACAGAGGAUAUGAUUCCGUACGAAGUCUGGGUGAUGGCUCCUUCCUCUCCUUGUUCGUUACAAUUGAACCCCAACUCAUUCUGGGAGAAUCAGUUCAAGAAAGGCUGGACACUCAAGAAGACGAGAAACUUCUUCAAGCAGCUGAAAGAUACCAAGUUGAAUGUGCCCUGAAGUUUCCAAAUCGCCAAUGCCUGACCACAGUAGUCGACAUCAACGGAAAAACAGUCUUUGUUACGAGAUUCAUCAGAGCCCUGAACCCCCCAGAAGAGCUCCUACAAGUUCAUCCAGACAGCCCACAAGAAACCUCUGAAUUAGUUGCCCGAUACGUAGGCCUGAUUCCGUUCUUACCCGAUACGGUAUCAUUUGCUGGAAUUUGCGAUUUAUGGAGUACCUCUGAUCAGUUCCUUGAUCUUCUGGCUGGAGAUGAAGAAGAACAUGCUGUGCUGUUGUGUAACUAUUUUCUUGCUCUUGACAAAAAGGCCUGGCUUCUAAUCGGGAAUGCUAUUCCAGAGGGACCAACAGCAUAUGUGCUAACUUGGGAACAAAACGAGUAUGUGAUUUGGAAUCCAAGCCGUGGCCAUUUUUAUGGACAAUACGAUGCUUUCUGUCCACUGAAAAGUGUCAGCUGCUUGAUUUCUGGAGACAAUGUUUGGUUUAAUAUUCAACGGUACGAUUCCCCGCUAAGAAUAAACUUUGAUGUCAGCAAACCCAAAUUGUGGAAACCUUUCUUUUCUAGAAGUUUACCAUUCCCUGGCCUCCGCAGUGUGCAGCCUGAAGAGCUCUUCUACCAAAAUGCAGACAAGGCAGCUGCACUACAUUUACAGAGCAGGCUUGAGAAGAUUUUGAAGGAAAAGAUCAUGGAAUGGCGGCCAAGCCACUUGACGCGCUGGAACAGAUACUCUACUUCCGCCCUCCGGCAAUUCUUGCCUCUGCUGGAGAAACAUCAGGGCAAAGACGUAGAAGAGGAUCAUCAGGCAGAAUUACAGAAACAACUCGGGGACUACAGGGUCUCAGGGUUUCCCAUCCACGUGCCAUUUUCGGACGUUACAUCUAUAGUAGAGGCUGUAUAUAGUACUGGAGUUCAUAAGACUGAAAUUCCAAAUACAGAGUUUGCGCUAGCUGUGUAUGUUCAUGCUUACCCCAAGCACAUUCUUUCGGUGUGGAUUUACGUGGCUUCAUUAGUUCGCAAUCGAUAGGACUGUACAGAAAUAGUCUGGCUUCAGUCUUUUUCAAAAAUUCUGACAGUCGCUGCUGUUUAAGGGAUGUUUUGCCUGAGCCCACAGUACCACUAAGCUUCGCGUACAAAAGCACCUUCAUUUGUGUCAGUAUCUGAAGGGGAUUUAGCACAAGAGAGCGAUGGCUGCUAACACUAACAAGGGGGACUGGCCAGAACUGGAAACCAAACGCUCAAAGAUGCUGCUCCUGCGUGGGGUCGGUCAGCUCUGCACUUCUGUAUUUCCUGCCACAUCAACGCAGGCGCACACUCCUUGCAUCUGAAAAGUUUUCAAACAUUUUGCCUUUAUGUGGCUCAUAAAAUCUAACACCCUGGUGGCGUGGUGGUUAAGUGGCUGGUUUAGGACUAGGGAAAGAUGGGUUCCAAUCCAGUCUCAACCAUGGAAACUCACUGGGUGACUAAGGGUGAGUUGGUCUCCCCCCGCCCAGCUAAAAGUCAGUGCGGUUUCAAUACUACUAUGAAUACGCAGGGAAACUUUUUCUGCUGAUACUGAUUUAAGUGUAAAAGACCCCACCCCCAAUCUGUUAAACUGGUAACCAGCAAGACUCCUUUCAGUGGGUGUGAAGGGAAAGCAAUCACGGCUGUAGUCAGAGCCACAUUUCUGCAGCAGGAAUGGCAGCUCAGAAGUCUGGGGACUGUCCUCCAAACGGAUGGAAGGCGAUGAGGAGAGUUACCAGGAUAUCUUCGUGUCCUCAUACGUGUAUACAAGUAAACCCCCAGUACACCAGGCAAAUUCUGGGCAUCCGCUGUAUGCAGAAAGCCCCCGUUCACAUUUAAUGGAGGAGAAUCGUGUGGAGGGGCUCUUACCAGGACCACCACUGAAUUGAAUGGGUCUGAAACUGAACAGCUUUGGAAUGGAAUGGCAGGACUCUGAUGUACUUGAAUUAAACUUCUGUCUGCACUUUUUUUUUUAAUGCAAAGUAUGUAUAUAUUUCUUGUGCGGUGUUUUUAAACUUUAAGCUGCUAUGAGUGUUCUUUUUAACUGAAAAGACAGCAUAUAAAUCAAGGAAAAAGCUAUUAUUUACAAAAUAAAAUAAGAAACCUCAA